CGAUGGUGAGUGUGUGGCGAAACCUGACCCAAUGGGUGCUGAAGUUCGCGAAACGUGAUCCGGAAGUUGGUCACGAGCAAGCGCCGUGGGCUUGUGGACGCCUAACUCGCGCGCUGGGAUUUCCGGCGUGGGAGCUGAGAUCCGAGUCGUGCGUGGGUCCUCAGCAGUGGGAGGAGGGCGGUGCUCGGUUCCUGCCUCGAGGAAGUCCUGGCGCGGAUAGGCCUGGGGGUCGGCGUGGCAGCGCCGGGAACCGACUGAGGCCUAGGCGCCGGACCCAGCCGCGCAUUGGCUGGCCCCGGGGCUCCUCGGCGUGGAUUGGGAGCCCGUGGGCACGGCUGGUUUCGGGCUAAGGCGCUCCGGAGACCUGACGAUGACGUUGGUCCCGGGCUCUCAGGAACGGGAAGGGCUCCUGAUAGUGAAGUUGGAGGAGGACUGUGCCUGGAGCCCGGAGCUGCCCCCGCCUGACCCAGGGCCGAGCCCCGAGGCCUCCCACUUGCGCUUCAGAAGGUUCCGCUUCCAAGAGGCAGCUGGUCCCCGGGAAGCCCUCAGCCGUCUCCAAGAGCUUUGCCAUGGGUGGCUUCGGCCUGAGAUGCGCACGAAGGAGCAGAUCCUGGAACUGCUGGUGCUGGAGCAGUUUCUGACCAUCCUGCCCCAGGAGAUCCAGAGCAGGGUGCAGGAGCUGCAUCCGGAGAGCGGCGAAGAAGCGGUGACCCUUGUGGAGGAUAUGCAGAGAGAGCUUGGGAGACUGAGACAACAGGUCACAAACCAUGGGCGGGGAACAGAAGUGCUUUUGGAGGAGACUUUGCCUCUGGGAACAGCACGAGAGUCACCGAGCUUCAAGCUGGAGCCCUUGGAGACUGAGCGAAGCCCUGGCCCCAGGCUGCAGGAGCUGCUAGGCCCCAGCCCCCAAAGGGAUCCCCAGGCUGUAAAGGAGAGGGCAUUAUCUGCUCCCUGGCUUUCUCUUUUUCCUCCUGAAGGGAACAUGGAAGACAAGAUGACUGGGCCCCAGUUGCCUGAGAGCUUAGAGGACGUGGCAAUGUACAUCUCCCAGGAGGAGUGGGGGCAUCAGGAUCCUAGUAAGAGGGCCCUCUCCAGGGACACGGUGCAGGAGAGUUAUGAGAAUGUGGACUCACUGGAGUCUCACAUUCCCAGUCAGGAAGUCCCAAGCACCCAGGUGGGACAAGGAGGAAAGCUGUGGGAUCCCAGUGUCCAGAGCUGCAAGGAGGGCCUGAACCCCAGAGGCCCAGUUCCAGGAGAAGAGAAAUUUGAGAACCUGGAAGAAGGUGUUCCAUCUGUGUCCCCUGAGAACACCCACCCACAGGUGCUGCUUCCUGACCAGGUCCGAGGGGAGGUGCCCUGGAGUACUGAGCUGGGAAGACCUCAUGACCGGCCACAAGGGGAUUGGGCACCUCCCCCAGAGGGUGGAAUGGAGCAGUCUUCUGCAGGAGCCUCAAGUAGCAGAGAACUGGGGCGACCGAAGGAACUGCAGCCAAAAAAACUCCAUUUAUGUCCCUUAUGUGGCAAAAAUUUUUCUAACAACUCAAACCUAAUUAGGCACCAGAGAAUCCAUGCAGCUGAAAGACUGUGUCUGGGUGUGGACUGCAGUGAAAUCUUUGGUGGGAACCCACGUUUCCUGUCACUACACAGAGCACACCUGGGAGAGGAGGCCCACAAGUGCCUCGAAUGUGGGAAGUGCUUUAGUCAGAACACCCAUCUGACUCGCCACCAGCGCACCCACACGGGUGAGAAGCCCUAUCAGUGUAACAUAUGUGGAAAAUGUUUCUCCUGCAACUCCAACCUCCACAGGCACCAGAGAACACACACAGGGGAGAAACCUUACAAGUGUCCUGAGUGUGGGGAGAUCUUUGCUCACAGUUCCAACCUCCUUCGGCACCAGAGAAUUCACACUGGAGAACGACCUUAUAAGUGUCACGAGUGUGGGAAGAGUUUUUCUCGGAGUUCGCACCUCGUCAUUCAUGAAAGAACUCAUGAGAAAGAGAGACUUUACCCCUUCUCUGAGUGUGGGGAAGCCGUGAGUGACAGCACCUCCUUUCUUACAAACCAUGGAGCCCGCAAGGCAGAGAAGAAGCUCUUUGAAUGUUUGACUUGUGGGAAAAGCUUCCGGCAGGGCAUGCACCUCACCAGACAUCAGAGAACACAUACAGGAGAGAAACCAUAUAAAUGUACCCUUUGUGGGGAAAACUUCUCUCAUAGAUCCAACUUAAUCAGGCACCAGAGAAUCCAUACAGGAGAAAAACCCUAUACCUGUCAUGAAUGUGGAGACAGUUUCUCCCACAGCUCCAAUCGGAUUCGCCACUUGAGAACGCAUACAGGAGAGAGACCCUAUAAAUGUUCUGAAUGUGGAGAAAGCUUCUCUCGGAGUUCCCGUCUUAUGAGUCAUCAGAGAACUCACACAGGUUAGUUAAAAGUGGAGUUUCUCUUUGCCCCAGGUGAGGUGGCAUAUUCAGAGGAGCCUGUUGGCAAGAGCUGGUAUUCCCUGCCCAGCUGACCAAAUGACCUCUGCAUUCUUCAGGUAAUGAGGGCUUUCUGUGAGGGAGGUGCAGACGCACCAGAGGAUCGGCAUAAAACUGAAAAGGAGUUCUGUCUGUACGAGAAAAGACGGCAGGUCUCUGAGGUGACCUCAGGGUGGAAUUCUCUAAGUCCAUUCUGCCCCAGGGUGCUCCUACCCUCUUGGUGUUUUUAGCCAAUGUGUGAUUUGAGUGCCUGACUGUCCAGUUUACCUUAACAACUUUGGGAAUUCAUGUGAUGUUUUUGACACUUCUUCCUCACUCGGGACGUUCAAUAGGGGCCACUGAGACCAAAGAAGAGGGGCCAAGUCCCCUGGGAAAUCAGCUCUUGGUCAACAAAAGAUUGGUUGUGAGUUGCAGCUGUCGUGAUGGCCCCAGUUGGAAAGCGAUGGGCAAUCCAGAUCAAGCCACCAUGUGUCCCACGAUGGCCUAACAGGAUCUGCCCAUCGGCAGAUCACACAUGUAAAUGUGACCUCAGACAAAAAGGAACCAGAGACCCAAGGGCAAUAAUAAGGUGGAAUUUGCAGGUCAGCCCAGGAACUGGCAGAGGAAGUAGAUGUCUGAUUACCCUUUGUGGAGAAGGAGAUUCCACCCCCCAGCCCUGCCCCGUGUGAGAAAAAUAAACAGCUCUGGAGUCUUGUUCCUGACUCCAGAGGAACAAGAGGGUUCCAGGAAAGAGAGAUUCCCUGGGAAACUGAAAAUGUGGAUCCUAGGGGCAAAUUAGGGAUAGUGUCUUUCCCAUGAAAAUAUGAUUGGAUCGGAAUAAAUAUCUUCAAGAAACAUA